AUGGGCCUGAUACCGAAAAGGGCGGGUGCAAUACUGAAAGAGGGAUACCGAAGGGAGCAUCAGAUCACAGGCGCCGGGACGGUCAAUCAAUUGCUGUUUGCGUCUCACGAUAAGAACACCAAAGGCAGAAAAAGCGAACAGCCCGAUAGAUAUAACCAGAGCCGGAAAAUCGAUUCAAGCAACAGAAAUUCUAGAACUUUGUUCCACCUACAUGGGGAGAGCAUGAUGGGGGGAUUAGGUGUGCCUCCAUUCGGCCCAUUACUAGUUACCGUGACCACCCUGGGUGACGCCCGAGCACGUCAGGCCCGGGAGGGAAGGCGAGACUCAGCAGCACAACGCGCAAUCGUCCGUCUGAAUGGGGAAGGCACACAACAGAUUCGGCUUACCUCACCACCCAUAGAUGAUCUAAUCCACUCCGCGUACGGAGUAUAUGACUGGGGAACGAACACCACCAUGUCCUCAACCAUUCGUCGCAUGCGAAUGACAUGUCGUCCUGUAAAACACCCCAGCUCCACAUCUGCUGGUCUAGACAGUGCCUUGGUGGCCGGACUCAAGGGGAACCAACCAAUGCUUAACGAUCACCCGCCGUUAGAUCCAAUGAGUGAGCCCUAUCGCAGUGCGGAAGCAGUGAUUCGGAACUGGACGCCAGGGAGGCAGUUAACCUUGGCUAGCAAACAAGGAAAUGCCGACCCGGAUCAAUUCUAUGGCUUUCUGCAAAAGAGGAGAAGGGGAGGAACUAGGCAGCAAGAAGAACCGGCGAAACCGAUAGUGGCCUGCUCAGGUGGCUACCGCCAUGAGGCGAAGCAAAGCCGUGAUGGACAGAAAUAG